AGCUAGCCGAGGAAGAUGGUCCGCACCCGGCGCAGCCGAGGCAGAGGCGCGGCCGAGGCGCCCUCCUCCUCGCCUCCGCCUCCUUCCCAGGGCGGCGCUCCGCUUUCCCCGCCCCUUUCACCUCAGGAAGAGCAGCGGCCGGGCCUGGGCGCCGAGGGAGAGCCCCAGCGAAGCCUCGCCGGCCGCUUCUCCGCCGCCACCGUCUCCUUGGUCCGCGGGCUGCAGCAGUCGCUGGGGAGGCAGCUCCCCGGCGGGGCCUCGGCCAUGGCGAGGGGCGGCGGCGGGAGAAAGGCGGCCAAGCACGACGCCCAGAGGCAGGAGAAGCAUCCCUGCGUCUCGGCCUGGGGGCCCCGCGCGUGGCUUCUUGGCAUUCUGAAGGAAAUGGCAGUACUUGUUGCAAGAGCAGAUAGCAAGAUAUGGAUUACGCUUAUAAUGGCUGCUGUUGCAGGAAUCUUUCACUGGUACCACAUAACAACUCUCUUUGAGAAUGACCGCCGCUUUUCUCAUCUUUCAACUUUGGAAAGAGAAAUGGCCUUUCGAACUGAAAUGGGUCUUUAUUAUUCAUAUUUCAAGACCAUUAUUGAAGCACCAUCAUUUUUUAGUGGAGUCUGGAUGAUUAUGAAUGACAAACUAACUGAAUAUCCCCUUGUAAUCAACACACUGAAAAGGUUUCACCUCUAUCCAGAGGUUGUGCUAGCCAGUUGGUACCGCAUGUACACAGGGGCAAUGAAUUCUACUGGCAUUCAAACACAGAAGUGUUGGACUGUAAAUAGGGGAGAAUACCUCAGCCCCGUUCAAAGCUGUGAAGGAAUGGGAGAUCCUGCUUGUUUUUAUGUGACUGUGAUAUUUCUUCUGAAUGGAUUAAUGGUUUCGGUGUUCUUCCUAUAUGGCACAUACCUAAGUGGAAACAUAUUGGGAGGUGUGCUUACAGUGGCAUGUUUCUUCUUCAACCAUGGUGAGAGUACUCGUGUGAUGUGGACUCCCCCACUUCGUGAAAGCUUCUCAUACCCAUUCCUUGUGCUUCAGAUGCUAUUACUAACCUACAUUCUCAGGACUCAGAAUGUUAAUAGAAGAAGCCUGAUUGCACUAUCUGUUUCUAAUGUUUUUUUCAUGCUUCCAUGGCAGUUUGCUCAGUUUGUACUUCUAACACAGGUGGCGUCACUUUUUGGUAUAUAUAUUUUAGGAUUCAUUGAUCCAUGCAAACUACAGAAGAUACUUCUUGCACAUAUGGCAUCACUUGCAGUAUGUUUUGUCCUUAUGUUUGGAAACUCUAUGUUGUUGACAUCCUAUUACGCUGCCUCUUUGGUAGUUUGUUGGGGUAUUCUUGAAAUCAGUCCCAAUUACCUGAAAAUACAAAGUGUUCCUCAGUGGGCAAUUGAAGCCAUUAUUUGCCUCUUUGGGACAAUUGUCCUGAAGUUCUUGAUGUGUCUAAUAUUUGGAAUAACUGAUGAUGCUCAUAUAAGCAACCUGUUAAAGGCAAAACUUAUUGGUUAUAGAGAUUUUGAUACCUUAAUGUACACCUGUGCUGCAGAGUUUGAUUUCAUGGAAAAAGAGACUCCAAUAAGAUACAUGAAGACCCUGCUUCUCCCGGUUGUCCUGGUUGUUUUUUUAGCAAUCGUUGCAAAGUGCAUUCCGUUUCAGAAGAAAGUCUCUGAAAGAAAUGAGGAUCUUUUUAAUCAUGGAGAGAUAGUAUACCAUGCACUGCAGCUUAUUUUUUUUACUACUCUUGCUAUUUUAAUUAUGAGACUGAAGUUGUUUCUAACACCACAUAUGUGCAUCAUGGUAUCCUUGAUAUGUUCAAAGAAACUGUUUGGGUGCGUGUUUUGCAUGAUCCAGCCUAGAACACUUGCUUUGGCAAUUUUAGCAAUGAUGGCAUAUGAAGGAAUAGCAAACCUUCAGAAACAAUGGAGCAUUGUUGGAGAAUUUAGCAACCUACCUCAGGAACAACUGUUGUUAUGGAUCAAAGCAAACACUAAACAAGAUGCUGUUUUUGCUGGUGUAAUGCCUACAAUGGCAAGUGUAAAACUGUCUACUCUUCGACCUAUUGUGAAUCACCCUCAUUAUGAAGAUGCAGGUUUACGGGCAAGAACAAAGAUAGUUUAUUCCAUGUAUAGUCGAAAACCAGCAAAAGACGUUAAAAGGGAAUUGGUAAAGAUGGGAGUGAAUUACUACAUUUUAGAAGAAUCCUGGUGCCUAAAGAGACCUAAGCCUGGCUGCAGCAUGCCAGAAAUUUGGGAUGUAGAAGAUUUCUCCAACAUUGGAAAAGUUCCCUUAUGCGAUAUUGUGGGCAAGAAUUCCAGACCAUACUUCAGGACAGUAUUUGACAAUGAUGUAUACAAAGUAUUAGAAGUUAGCUUAUAAAUUGGAUUGAGUUUAUGUUAUUUUAUGUUUUACUUUGAUUGUCUAUUUGUUUUGGGGCAUUGAAUGUUUGCCAUUUUGUUAUUUUUGUAAACCGCCCUGAGUCCCUUCAGGGAGAGAGAGCGGAUUAUAAAUAAAGUUAUAUUAUUCGUAGUAGUAGUAGUAGUAGAAGACAGUGAUUCUCCGGUGUGACAGAUUCUCUAACAGGAUGAUUUUAAAACUUGCAACUGUUUAAAACAUAUCUCUGAAUUCCAAAUCCAUUAUAGUUAAUUAAAAUAUUGAUUUCAGCUUAUAACAUCAUUAGAUAUUGGCAGCACUCCAGAGAACUGUGUACUGGGCGAGGGGGGAGGGUCAUAUUUUUAGAUAAGUUUAGAACUAGGCCAUAUGUUUAAACCUUUAUUUCUGUGUCAAAACUAUUUCAACUAGCUUUGGACUCCACAUUGUAGAUGAAGUCUACUACUUAAUAGGCUUGUGCAUUUCAGGAGAAUCACUAUCAGUUUCUUCUUGCCAAAAAACGGAAGCUUCCCGUUUCUGUUUUCACACACCACCUGAAAACAGGCACACUCCCGAAUGGGCAUUUUUGUUCUGCAUAUGAAAAAACAAAUAUUUUCAACCCUUUAGCAGCAAUGGGCGGGCUACCCAGGCUCCCUUUCACCUCAGUUUUAGGAAUAAAGGGAAGAAAAUCGCCACACUUUGAGAGCACAUCUACCACUGUUAGCCCACCAAGUUUUAUAACGUUUGGGUCAUCCUCUGAUUUUCUGGAUAUUUUUCUUUCUAGAAAUAAUAAAAUCUCCUUUAAAACAUUCCCUAUCCCCCCACUCACCCCGCUCUCUAACUUUUCCAUGAGCAGCAAAGGUGUGCCACACCACACAGCCCAGUACUCAGCUCCACUAUUUCACUUACUUCUUUACUAAUAAAAAAACCCAACAUCAAGCCAAUCAACUUCUUCCAAAGCUUUUGCAGUAGCAGCAAGCAUUGUCCCCUUAUUUAAAAAACACUGAUCCACUGAGGGGAAAAAACUUUUUCAAAAUGUAUUGUGAAAAAUGUAGCCAUGAUUGGGGGAAAAAACCAUGUUUUUGGAGCAUAUUAUUUCAAGUCUUAGCAGUUCAGAGCAGCUCAUCAUCAUUAGUUUCACUGAUUCAGGAAGGUGWGGCGGCAGUGGCAGGCCCAAAAAAGGGCAAUAGAGGGCUCAGAGACAAGGGAGAAGGUCAGGGGCAGAGUGGUUGGCUGGCCACCCCGCUCCACAAUGAGCUAAUCAGCCCCCCAAAGGAGGAAAGGGUUUGGGAGGGGGGGAGUGGGGAGAAAUUAGAAURUGCUAGGYCGCUAAAAYCAGGCGGCUAACUGCCCACCCCACAUAAAGCCAAACAGUCUCCUAAAUAAGAAAGGUGAGCYAGGCAGGCCACUCAACAACUUUUCUGUUGUUUGGUGCGCUGCUCCUACACCAAAAUCCAUACAACCUGAAAACUGAAGCUAUAGAAGUUUAACAGCCGCUGCAAGCAACAUGUGGGCGGUGCAUCCGCUGUUGUAUGAGGGGCCUGCAAGUGAUGACAAACAGGCCACUCAACGACUUUGUCAUUGUCUGAUGAACUGCUACAGUUAAACGACAUUCACUAUGACUCAGAAUAUUUGUCGUCGAGUCACCUCAUCCAUGUGGAAGUCAACAACAGCAAAGCAGAAGCAGACAACGACUCCAAACUUGUCUGGAGAAGAAUUAAACUUUUGCCAGGGACAAUUUAGGGUGAGAAAUGUUGGAAAUGGAGGCCAAACCAGUGGGAUGACACCAUACCCAUCUGUUCCUACAAAUGAAGCUGGUAUAGGGUAACUGCCAACCUUCUUUAAAAGAGUGACUCACUCUUUGAGAGAGCAGCCAAUUGCAGCUGACCCUGCAGACAACAAGCGCCAAAGUAUCAUCGUCCCCUACGAAAGACCACAGACGGGGACCAACAACUCAAUCAGUCUGGUGUGUGCGCGCUCUGCUGUGCAUCCAUCCUGGUUUUAUGGUUAGGGUAUAUGAGGUAACUACUGGCCUUCUGUAAGAGAGUGAUUGACAUGAAAAGAAAGAAAGAAAGAAAGCACCGAUGGUUGCCACCUGGGUGAAAGCUCACUCAUUAUUCGGAACGAAGGAAUCUAGUGGUACUAUAGGGUAAGUUCCAGUAUUCUUUAGGAAAGUGACUGAGUCACUCUUUUAGACAGCAGUCAACUGCUGCUAUCUUUCACCACUCUAUCCCAUGGACACCAAGUGCUACAGUGUCAUCGUCCCCUAUAAAAGACCACAGGCAGGGAUCCACAACAGAACAGCCUGACAAAUGAAGCUCAAUGAAUCCUCCAUGGGAUGCCCCCAAGGACUCAUAGCCGAAACUGCAAGUAAUUGGCAAAGUUGGUGGUUUUGUGGAAAUCCUUCAAGCUUGUGUGGUUUUCUUUCCAGUGUAGGACUCGCUCACCACUGGUGGAACUCCUUUACUAUUUGGCAAAAAUUAGAGGUAGGGAAAGGGAAGGAGGAUGAGCGAUUAUUUCAAAAUCCUAAUGGAGCCCUCCUGGGCUUCUGUGUGACACUGUGUGUGCCACACAGCCUUUGGAGCAGCUUGUUAAAACUUCCUUUUUAUUAAAACAUUGUGCCAAAUAUUAGAGAGAGAGAGAGAGAGAUUGUUUGUAACAGCCAUCACAGCCCGCUGUGUGACACGGAUUUUGUUGAGCCAAAUAUUACAGAGAGGUUGCUUGAUACAGAGUGAGAGUUGAGGUAGUUUAUUUUGAGUUUGGGGAAGAGGGUUAGUGGUAGCUUGAGAUAGAUGUUGGUGUGUACCUUGGUGAACUUGGAGGGACGCUAGGAGAACUGGCAUGGCCAAUGGAGCGUAGCAUGUCAGAGAGACCAGAAGCGCCAGUGAGAGAGAGAAAAAGAGGGAGAGAGAGUGUGAUGGCAGAUGAGUUAGAGAGUGGAGAAACCGAAACCCAGCCUAGCAGCAGCAUCAAGCAAGCACUCUCACACUGGGCACACACAGCCCCCAUGACCAGCAAAAAAUACUGGAGGUCUUUGGGGAAAUUUAAUCUUGAUUUUGAAGAGUUCCAGUUCACCUACAUCCAGAGAGCACUGUGACCCAAAUACUGAUGAAUCUGGACCAAACUUGGCACACAUACCUGAUAUGCCAAAAAUUGAUUACUGGAGAGGUUUAGGGGGAACUGACCUUCCUUUCUGGGGGUUGUAGUUCACCCACAACCAGAGAAAGUGACCUCUCCUGAUGAUGGACCUGGACCAAACUUGGCACACAGAAACCUCAUGACUAACUCAACCUACUGGAGGGAUUUGAGGAGACUGACUCACCAUAGUGGGAGUUGUAGUUUACUCUACAGCCAGAGAGCACACUGAAACCCACCAAUGAUGCAUCUAGAGCAAACUUGUCCAACAUAACAAACUUUAAGUACUGAUGAAAUUUCUCAGGGUUAAUCUGGCAUGUUGUCAGUUGUACAAUUUAAAAAAAUAACGUUUUCUAAUAACCUGAGCAACGCCGAGUACCCAAGCUAGUAAAAGAAUAAAAUAUCAAGGAGGCCAGGCCAAGCCAAAAAAACAUCAAUAAUAUAUAUUGAGCUGAGAGCACCAGCUACAAACGGUGGCAAAACAGCAAAGCCAAGACAGGCAGGCAUGCAGGUACAACACAAUUGAGCAAAUGGAGGCACUCGCCUCAUUAUAUAGACUCAACUUUGCGUGAGACAUCACAGAGUUCUUCUCCAAUUGUCUGUUGAGGCAGGGCUCCCAGAAAACCCUGUGCAAAGAGCACGUGGCAAUUCUCCACAUGCUGCGUGAGGAGUGCCGUGACGCAUGCUCACGAAAACAAAGGAUGAGCUGACAUGAGCUCCUGCUUGCUUUCAUGUCUGGUAGGUUUUUGUACUGGGAGGGACCUUCCUAUCGCGUGCUACCAAAGGUACCGAAGGAAAACAGAUCCGCGCACAACUCUUCUACUUAAGUUGCUAAAAACACCACUAUUAUCUCAUUUGCAAUGAACAUAUUUUUGCUGUAAAACGUUUAAAUGUUUUGAUAUCACCAGGGUAGACAAAAUGAAGAGAAUUUCAUUUUUAAAACUGCAAGGAGGAAAUGUUUUCAGGAAAGCCUUUUUUAAAAAAAUGGCCUUAAUGUGUGAUAAAAUGUAUUUUUUUUCUUCCUGUAGAAAAAAAGAAUUAACAUUUCACAGGAAAUAAAAUCUAAGAAAAAGGAGGGUAAGAUAAACCUGAAAUUCCAUGUAAUAUAUUACUGUAUUGCUCUACACAUUUUAGAAUAGUGUUCAUUUGUGUAGCAGGGAAACCAAUACUUUGAAAAGCCUCUGCCCCCAGGUUCAGUUUUAUUUCCUUUGUUAAAGAAAAAAGCUAUUUUAAAAUUAUAAAUCUCAGUUUGUUCAAUAAAAUGUGCCACUAAAGUCGGAGUGAAGCAGGAACUUGAUUUCUCUUUUAUAAUUAAAGCAUAGUAAAGCACAAAAAUACUGUAUUUUUAUGGAUUUUAUGCAAAUUAUUUGUGUUUGUGGUUAAUAAAAGCUUGGUUCAUA